AUGUCAAACAAAAGUCAAUUACACUACUACGAAGAUGGUGACAUUUUGGUGGUCGUGCAAGACACCAUAUUUCGCCUUCAUAAGAACAUAUUAUCUCUAUCUUCGAAAGUAUUCGCAGAUAUGUUUUCCUGUGUCAACCAAUCGUCAACCACACAUAGCGAUAGCGAUAAACCCAUACCUAGUGUAAGCCUCACCGAUUCAUCUGCCUCCAAAUUUUCGGAUCUCGUCUCGUUUCUCUACCCUCAGAAGUUUUUUCCGGUCACGUGGUCAAACGUGUCAGAGUUUCUUGUGUUAGCUGAUAAAUACGAGAUCGAAAGUGUAUUUGAUGCGUCAAAAAACUUUCUCGAAGAGAAGUUUCAAGAGAAUCCUUCUUUGACAUUUGUCCUAGCCGACAAGUUCAGGUUUCCGGAGUUAUACAAAGAAUCUUCGAAAUUGAUUUUUGACAUCUUUCCCGCGUUCCAAGCAACCUCACUAUUCCGUGAACUCACACCUGCCACCUCUCUCGCACUUAUGAACCGUUAUUUUAGCUAUGUGACUGCCAUCGGCUCCCUAAAAGAUUUCGAAGAAAGACUCAUCUACGAAUCGGACCGUCAGGGGCAUAUUAGGCUGGUUCGACAGGGUUUCCUGGAUAACUUAGCGAACGUACAAGUCCAUCCGAUAUUACCACCAUCGGAGUUUUACAGGAAAUUGUACACUGGUUCGGCCAAAAAUUUUAUAGAGCAACAUUUACCCAAAGAAUUUAUUAUUCAUUGCGGAACAUUUGAGUCGUUAAAGCAUAAAGAUAAAAAUGGGGAUCAUUAUUUGUUUAUAGAGAUGGAUAUCUGA